AUGGCAGAUGUAUUAGAUAGGGGAGCAAAGCUCUUUGAUGGUCCUGAAAGAGAUUACAAUCAUGCAACAGACUCCCAGUAUCAUGAUUUACGUGCCAAGGCUGACGAGUUCUACAAGAAGAGAAACCAUUUGAGUCAACAAUCUCAAGCAGCUUACAAGGCAGGAGAUAAACAACGUGCACACGAAUUAAGUGAGCAGCUGAAGCUGGCUCUCAGCCAAGCAGAACAUUAUAGUGAACAAGCAGCCGAGUAUGUUUUCCGUGAAAACAAUACUGAUUCGGCUGCAGAUGAGAUUGAUUUACAUGGAUUGUAUGUCAAGGAAGCUAAAUGGAUCGUGCAAAGACGCAUUGAACAAGCUGUUAGAACUAAUCAAAAUCAUUUGAAAGUUAUAGUGGGAAAGGGAAACCAUUCUGCAAAUGGUAUCUCGAAGUUGAAGCCUGCUAUCGCAGAGUUGUGCAGUGAGAGUAAUUUAAAACAUUAUAUUGACCCAAAAAAUACUGGUGUGUUGAUUAUUGAUCUAAACAAUGCCAAUGCCUCGCAGCUUCCUAGUUCAUGGGGCCAGGGUCCAAUUACACAACCACAACAGGCGUACCAUGGAAGUAACCAACCACAUUAUACCAACCAACAACACCACGGAGGGCAAACUCACUACCAACAACAAAAUAACCAGGAUAUCAAAACAGGUAACCAACUCGUUGAUUUACUUAUCAAAGGUCUUUGUAUGUGUCUUAACAAGAAAUAG